AUGUCAGGAAUACGAAAAGCUCUUGUUCAUGCUGGGAUGACAGGUGCCGUGCCAGGGACGACAGGUUCCGUGCCUUGGACGACCGGUGCCGUGCCUGGGACGACCGGUGCCGUGCCUGGGACGACCGGUGCCGUGCCACCAGAAGCGUCUAGCAAAAAUGACACAAACAGAACAAUUAAAGGACACACACGAACUUUGAAAAGUGUGUCCCACGUAGCGAUAUUUGCUAGGUCCUUGAUCGGGAAACGAAUAGAUGAUAUUGAAAAGGAAAGACCGAAAUCUAAGGGUGAAGAUUCACCGACUAAGUAUCACGUGUCUGUGAAGACAGACGGCUGUGCCAGCAAGGCCAAUCUCUAUGUGAAGUUUGUGGGGACCAAAGAAGUGUCAAAAGAAUAUCCUAUGACUCAAGUUGGCGGAGACGACAGAAUAUAUGAGUUUGAAGUUCCUACCAUUGGUGGACUUGAGUCAUUGAUUGUCGGGAAUCAAACCGAACAGCCAAUAGAGGUCAAAAGUCUUGAGAUGGUGGUCGUUCUCUCGCUGAAAACGACGGAAGUCCUCCAAACCCUGAAAGCGCUAUUGGCUAAGGACAGAUUACAACGUAGCCACAUUGUAGCCAGUGAGGAUGGUCACGUGCUACGCGUAGCCAUAGAGGAGAGGUUCGUGUUCACAAUCGAUGACGACCUGCCGAUAAAAACAACUGGUGUUAAACUGACAUGUGCAGAGCGAGGAUACAGAUUACUUCCAGAUGGAUGCAUCACAUCAUCAACUAAUUUUGAAUUUGGAGCAGUGAAAAAAGAUGAUAUAUUAGGAGGGAAACCUGUCAUGGAUUCUGUUGGCGACCUAGGCAGGCCGAUUCCUACCAGAGGCAAUCCACAUCCUCAACCAGUUGGCGGCAUUGCUGGGAAGUGUGUCAAUGAGGAUCAAGCUGUUGCUCUUAGCAUAAAAGCUGCUUCGGCUGUUACUAGGCAAACGUAUGUCAACAUGAAGUUGAAGAGAAACGACAGAAUUCAUACACUGUCGUGGUUCUCGGUCGCAACGUCAAUACUAUGGGUGGACCUGUGUGUCAUUCACCCGAGAGCUCAGCUCUAUAUCGGAGCUCGUGAAGUAGGUGAUCCAAACCCAUCGUGGAAUACAUUGAAGAUGUAUGGGACUAGUGAGAUGGAAGACGAACUGAAGACACCAGACACAGUAGGAGGAGUGGAGACAAGAUCACAGAAAAGGGUAAAAUGCACCGAACCAUUAAACAUGAUCAAAGUGAAAGUUGGUGUUGUGACUGCAAACGAGAUCCGGGCAGAACAAAAGGAAUACGUGAGUUUGAAGAAAGUGUUUCAACUACCUACCUUAGGAAAAGAGAAGGUCACAGAUACUGGUGUCAUUAAUCCAUUUCCAUAUGAGCAGACAGAACUUCCUGACUACCACGGAGAGUCGUCAAGCUUUGUGUCCGCCUUCUUGGACUCCGUGGUGGGUGGAGACACUGUUGAUGAAUUGUCAGAACCAAACUAUGGUUUAACACAAGUCUCAAAGACUUGA